AUGGCGGAAGCUCCGGCACACGACUACCCCACCAUCGAGCCCACCUCCUUCGACGUGGUCAUCUGCGGCACGGGCCUCCCGGAAUCCGUGCUCGCCGCUGCCUGCGCCGCCGCCGGGAAGACCGUCCUCCACGUCGACCCCAACCCAUUCUACGGCUCCCUCUACUCCUCCGUCCCGCUACCCUCCUUCCUCUCCCCUGACCCCUCCUCCGUUCCCCUUUCCCCCUCCGGCGACGAUUCGCAUACCGUUGUCGAUCUCCACCGCCGCAACAUCUACUCGGAGGUCGAGACCUCGGGGGUGGCACCGGAGCCGUCGAGGCGAUUCACCGUCGAUCUGGUCGGCCCCAGGGUGCUGUACUGCGCUGACGAGGCCGUGGACCUUCUCCUGAGGUCGGGGGGAAGCCACCAUGUGGAGUUCAAGAGCGUGGAGGGGCGCAGUCUCCUCUACUGGGAGGGCCAGCUCUACCCGGUGCCGGACUCGCGGCAGGCCAUCUUCCUUGACGCCGCCACCCUCAAGCUUACAGAGAAGACCGUCCUGUUUAGGUUCUUCGAGCUUGUGCGGGCACACAUUGCUGCUGCCGAUGAGGACGUUGAGGGUGAAGAAGCUUCUGAUAAGAUAUCCGAGGAAGAUCUGGACCUCCCCUUCGUUGAGUAUCUCAAGAAACAGCAGCUUCCACCCAAGAUGAGAGCGGUUGUGCUCUAUGCAAUUGCAAUGGCAGAUUAUGAUCAAGACACUGACUGUUGCGAGAAAUUGCUGACUACGAGAGAGGGAAUCCAGACCAUUGCUCUAUACUCCUCGUCCAUUGGGAGGUUUGCUAAUGCACAACGUGCUUUCAUUUAUCCGAUGUAUGGGCAUGGUGAACUGACUCAAGCUUUCUGUCGUUGCGCUGCUGUUAAGGGUGCACUAUAUGUGUUGCGGAUGCCAAUAUCUGCACUUCUUAUGGAUGAGGAAAGGAAGAAUUGUUUAGGUGCCAGAUUAACAUCCGGUCAGGAUAUUUUGUGCCAGCAGUUGAUACUUGACCCGUCAUACAAAGUCCCUAUUCUGGAUGCCCCAUCUGAUGGUUCAGACUCAAACUUGCUGAGAAAAGUUGCGAGGGGUAUAUGCAUAAUUAGCAAAUCUGUGAAACAGGAUUCAUCAAAUCUUCUAAUUGUUUUCCCACCGAAAUCAUUAGAAGAGCAGCAGAUUGCAGCUAUACGGGGUCUUCAGUUGAGCAGCAAUCUAGCAGUAUGCCCUCCUGGGAUGUUUAUGGUGUAUCUGUCUACCCCGUGUGCUGAUACCUCUACUGGAAAACAAUGCAUAAAAAAGGCAAUAGAUGCUCUAUUCGCUCCACAGGCUUCAGAUUCUUUGGAAGGCCACUUGAAGGAAACUAGUGAAAAUAAUGAGGACUUGAAGCCGACAGUAAUUUGGAGCUGUGUGUAUGUUCAAGAGAUCACGGAGUUAUUCACAGAUAUUUGUCCUAAUGAAGAAUUCUUGCCUAAAAAGUCAGCUGCUGUAUAUGCUGAUGAUGACUCUGAUUCUGCUGAGUAA